UUUAAACAAGUGUUUUGCACACACCAUCAACCUUGCCGCGCAGAGAGCUCUAAAGCUGCUGCCUAUGUUAUGACUGCUGGGGAGGAUUCAGAGAAUCACAGGAUUUUUCCACCGCAGUGCCACCGCAAAUCAUGCCCUUGAGCAGAAACAGAAGCUUUUGGAGCUGCCAGCCCAUAAGUUGAAGACGGAUGUGGCUACAAGAUGGAAUAGCGUGUUCGAGAUGAUAGAAGGGUUCCUCGAGCAGCAGCCAGCCAUUUGCGCUCCUCUCCUCUCUCCUCAGGUGAGGAAAUGUGAAGCACACCUCUGCACACUUAACGAAACAGAUGUCACCAACACAGAAGAAGUAGCUAUGUCCCUAAAGCAAAUGAAAGAGGCAACAAACAUAAUGUCUGAGGAUAGCACACCAACGUUGUCGGUGAUAGCUCCACUGCAUGCACAGCUACUCCACGACACAGAAGCAGGCUUCUGUGGUGACACACCAAUCGUCCGGGAAAUCAAACAGGCGAUCCACGAAGAUCUGGCCAAGUGUUGUGGAAAAGAAUAUGCUCCACGCUGCUUCUACCCUGGAUCCCAGAUUUAAAGCACUGCCUUUCCUCUCCCAAGAUGAACAACAGGACAUACGCUCCAAGGUGAUUGCUGAGGCUGCAGCACUUGAGCAGGAGGAGCCUGAGGACCAUGCUGAAGAGCCAGAUGGUCCAGGCAAAGGCCUAGAUGAUGAUGAAGCAGAAGGCCCUGCCUCCAAAAGAAGAACAUCAUCUUCUUCACUGGUGAAUCUAUUGGGCAAGACGUUUGCUGAAGUCAGAAUUGUUUUCCCUAAAUCUGCCCACACCACAGCUGAGGAGGAGAUGAAACAAUAUCUGGAGGUCCCCCCACUAUCACUGUCAGAAGAUCCCCUCAGCUGGUGGAGGUCCCACGAGAUUGUCUUUCCCCUAAUGGCCAAAUUGGCUAAGCGCUAUCUAUGCAUCCCUGGUACUAGCAUUGCGGCAGAGAGGGUAUUCUCAUCUGCUGGGGACAUAGUAACUGCACAGUGGAGCAUGCUCACUCCAGAACAUGUAGAGCAGCUUCUGUUUCUACAGAAGAACCUAGACAUUUCAGACAGUGGUGGACUUGUGGCUGCAGUAACAAUCAAUCAGGCAGAGAAAUGAACUAUGAACUUGUGACACGUGUGCACACACAUGUCUGAAUGUAUGUUUGUCCACGUCCUGUCUGAUUCUAAAGCAUGUGACCAGACGUGCCAAAACUGAGACUUAUAAAUGGUCUGGUGUUGACCAUACCAGAUUGUCACGGUUCCAAAAACUGUUGUCUGCUGAAAUUAACAGCUUAAAUAGAAAUACAUUACAGUACAUUUUCAGUGUUUUUAAGUUGUUUUUGUUUCAACUCCAGCACCUACUAAAACAUUUGUUGGGGAUGUGCAUUUGUCUACUCCUCUUACCUUGACAGGUUAAACACAUUCAAAGAAGAUUAACAACUGAAUUUAGAGGCAGUGGUUGUGGCCUCUUGUGAUUAUGAUAAUUGUUUUCCCAAUUCCAUUUCGCAGUUGUACACCAUCUAUUGCACUCUUAAGUCAAAGUGCAGUGUACUUUUAAAAAUGUGAAGUAAUGAAAAAAAGCCAUGUGUUGAAUGUGUGAUCGAGGAAGUGAAGUAAAGUUAACUUGCCUGUUAUAUUAUUCGGCUACUUCUGAUGUUAGCAAUUAUAAUGCAGUAUUUCAGAUGGAGACCUCUGGCCUUUAUUUGAGUCCAUACUCCAGGGAAGUUAAGUUCACAUUUUAAAAGUCAACCACUAGUUACAGCAAUUUACAGCUAAAUGAAGCAGGCAGCUAUUGUUUGUUUAAUUUUGUUAUUUAAGUAUGAAUUACAAAGUUAAAGAAUUCAAGUUAUUAUUU